AAGGGGGAAUACGCGUCAGAUGGAGACGAUGACUUGAGUACAGAUGCCCUGGUAGAAGAAAUGCUCCAAAAAGGAGACACGGCCGUCAUCUAUCCUGAGGCUCCAGAUGAUUAUCUUCAGCAUCAAGACACCCCCGACACCAGUGUCCACAAUGAGAAUGGAACCCCUGAUUCAUUUUCCCAGCUGCUCACCUGCCCUUACUGUUCACGGGGCUACAAGCGUUAUAGCUCCCUGAAGGAGCACAUCAAGUACAGACACGAGAAGACAGAAGAGAGCUUCAGCUGCUCAGAGUGCAGCUACAGCUUUACAUACCGCACACAACUGGAGCGACAUAUGCUCAUUCACAAGAGUGGACGAGAUCAGAGGCACAUCACACAGUCAGCAGCCAACCGCAAGUUCAAGUGCACCGAAUGUGGCAAAGCAUUUAAGUACAAGCACCAUCUAAAAGAGCACCUGCGCAUUCACAGCGGAGAGAAACCUUACGAGUGCUCCAAUUGCAAAAAGCGCUUCUCCCACUCAGGCUCGUACAGUUCCCACAUCAGCAGUAAGAAGUGCAUCAGUCUAAUUUCAGUUAACAGCAGACAACGCUUGGGGAACUCCAGAAACCAGUCCCAAGGUCCAUCGCCAGUGCUGCCCACAUCACCCUUAGUCCACUGCAGUCAGAGUAGAGAGAAACUGGAGCAGAGCAAGCUCUUGCAGGAACAGUUGCCCAUCAUCCAGAUCAAGACAGAACCUGUGGAUUACGAGUACAAGCCAACAGUGAUGACACCUGCUGUGACGGCUAUGAGCGGUGGGGUGUUCAAUGGGGGGGCAGCAGCUCCUCUGCAGGGUACAGUACAGGCAGUAGUCCUGCCCACAGUGGGGCUGGUAUCACCCAUCAGCAUCAACCUGGCAGACCUGCAAAAUGCUCUGAAAGUUGCAGUGGAUGGUAAUGUCAUUCGCCAGGUGCUGGAAAACAAAGGUCAGGUGAACUCAGGGUUAACCACUGGAACUCUCCACCACCCACAGCAGCAGCUCAUCUCAGCCAUCAGUCUGCCAAUCGUGGGUCAGGAUGGAAAUGCCAAAAUCAUUAUAAACUACAGUUUGGAUGCUAACCAGGGCCAAUUUUCAGCCCAUAAUCUGAAGAAAGAGCAAGUGUCACCGACUCAAACUGCUGCUGACAUGUUCAAGUUCCAGAAACACCCCGAGGAUCUAACUGUCAGAAGCAGCAGUGUUCAUGAGACUAAAGAAAAAGAGGAAAAGACCACUAAAACAUGUCUCCUGUGUGAUAACUGUCCUAGAGGGUUGGAAGCACUACAUGCCCUCAAGCACUCAAACACUGGUGUCCGGUUAAAUGGAGCAGGCUUGGAUAAGUCUGAGUCUGCUGUUGCUGCCCUGCUGUCAGAUGGAGGACUCUGUAACCACCCUAAGAAUGUCUUGCCCCUACUCAAGGCCUAUUUUGCCUUAAAUGCAGAACCCGCCAAGGAUGAACUGGCCAAAAUCUCUGAAUCAGUGAGUCUGCCAAUUCAUGUGAUAAAAAAGUGGUUUGACAAAAUGCAGGAAGGUCAAAUAUCCCUGGGUGCUCCAACACCUCCUUCAGAAGAGGAGGAUACCUGUGAAGCUCACACUGUGGUAUCUCUUGUCCCAGAAAAGGACACAUCUACUAUAAACCCAUCUUUGAGCCAGGACAGUCCUACAGAGGCCACACCAGCAGAGGUCAAUGGUAGUCACAACUCUCCUGCCUCCCCUACUCCAUUAAAUGUUAAAGCUGAGGGUCCCAUUCAAGCUAAUACACCCCAGAGCACUGAGGGACCCCUGGACUUGUCACUGCCAAAGCUGGCUAGAGAUGAAGCAGAAAAAGUGGUCCCUAAAGCUUGCAUUUACCCCCCUGCUUCAUUUCACUCUAAUAAUGAGGAAGAACCCCUGAACUUAACUUGCACAAAGAAAGACACAUCACCACUGUCAGCCAUGGGGAGCAGCCCCGUCACACUGUAUGCCAGCCAGCCAAGUGCCAAACCUCUCAACAUUGUUACCACAAUGCAAUGUCUAAGAGCCUUAUCCACCAACAAUAAACAGACUAUCCUGAUCCCUCAGCUGGCUUACACUUAUACCACUACAGCUAACAGCCCUGCAGGAACUGAAAUGGACAAAACCAUCCACCUCAACGGAAUCAAGGAGGAGAGACAGGACACGGGCUUCGUGGACGAGCAGAAUGACUCUGACUCUGGCCCCGCCAGGAAGAAGAUGAAGAAGACAGACAGCGGCAUGUACGCCUGCGACUUGUGUGACAAGAUCUUCCAGAAGAGCAGCUCACUUCUGAGACACAAAUAUGAACACACAGGAAAACGACCUCAUGAAUGUGGCAUCUGCAGCAAGGCUUUCAAACACAAACACCACCUGAUUGAACACAUGCGGCUCCACUCGGGGGAGAAACCGUACCAGUGUGACAAGUGUGGGAAACGCUUCUCCCACUCGGGAUCCUACUCCCAGCACAUGAACCAUCGCUACUCCUACUGCAAAAAGGAGACGCAGAGUCAAGCGGGAGGCGGGGAGAGCCCUGAGGAGGACGGCGAGGCCCCAGUCGAGGCGCAGAGGCACCACACAACCCCCUCCUUGCUGGACUCAGACGAGCGAGGGAGCAGCACUAGAGAGGAUGAGGAAAGCGAAGAAGAAGAGGAGGAGGAGGAAGAGGAGGGUGUGGUGGACAUGGACGAUAUCCAAGUGGUGCAGAUCGGAGAUGAAGGAGGAGACGAAGAGGCAGAGGAGCAGGAGGUGAUGGAAAGAGAAUUGGAGGACAGAGAAGGACAGGAAGAGUCUAACACGAGACAGGAAGAGGAGGAAGCCAUUAUGAAGGAAGAGGAGGCGAUGAACGUGGAAGGAGAUACGACGGAGAGAACAGGAAACGUCAAAGAGAAGAGCGAAGAUGAAACAGGAAACAGGAGCGCUCCUGUUAAAGAUGGCAAGAAGACACCAGAGGAGAAAGGAGACGUCUGAGCUCCCCACACGAGACACAAUCAGCCUCCUCUUCUCCCUGCAUGCAGGACGAGCUGUUCGCUCAGACUCUUCACUACUGUGUAAAAAUCCAGGUGUGCCUGAAAAAAAAAAAAUACAUGUGGCUUUUCUACAGGAGAAAUAUUCCUACUACUAAAAAAGUCCGUUUGUAAAGCAAAAGAUAAAGAUUGCAAUGAAUUUUAACUAAAGACGUGCGUUAUGCAGACGGUGGGAGCUGGAGCCGACACGUUUUAGAUAAUGUUUGAUUACUAAAACACCUUGGGUCUUUUCUUUGUAUCAGUGUUACUAAUUUUAUUACUCAUAUUUUAACCUUUAAGAACUGUACAGUUGGGAAAUAUUUCUAUAGCUUUUUAUUGCCAAUGAAC